AUGUCUUCGAAUGCCUCUGCGCCAAACCAUCAGCCAUGCCUCAAGCGUUGGCAGCGUCGGGCUCUCGACCGUGGCCGAACGCCUCUUCCCGAGAAGCCCGGCAGUCACCCAUGGGCUGCCAACUCCGCUGAGACUUCCCAAGACCAGAUUUCCCCUGGCAACGCGGCUUCUGCCUCUACCCUGUCCACGAGUGAUGGCACCAGCCAAAGUGCCUCCCAGCCAACCAGCAUCGCCACUUCCUAUGCCUACAGGUUCUGGUCUGUCGCGGAGCUCGAACGCCUCAUCCGUUUGAGGCGUAAUGGCUUGUCCUGGAUCCAAAUCAAGAACCAUUUUCCCGACCGUUCGCUUGAGUCUCUCAAGCAAACAUACCACAAGCGACGUGGAGCCGUUGAGGCUGAGAUGGAUGCCAACGUAUGA